AUGACCGACGCCAACCUCAACACCCAGGCUUCACACCAGCGUGAGGCAGCCACCUUCGUCGCCCUUCUGAGUGGUACGUACCUCGUAUUACGUGCCCUACUAACCCAAGCCGCGCGGGGAAACGAGACUCUCCAAGCCCUCAGCGACACGCGCUAUCACAUCAUGUUAACGCUAGGCCCGAGGAUCUGCUGGCUGCGCCGCGCGGCUCGCAACCCCCUCUCGAGUAUGACCUUGGACCAGCGCAACCGCGUACUCGCAGUCAGCGAUGGCCACCGUAUAAACCUAGCCGAGUGUAUUGACGUCAUGAUGGAUAUCGGUCUCAUUGGGAUUGAUCAGAUCCAGUUGUGGAUCUCCGAGCUUAGUUCUGCCCUGGAGGUUGUUGUGGCGGCACGAGUUGGAGACUCGGAGCGCGGUGAGGUCGCCCACGCCGCGCUGCGCAACUGGACAGGAUCCACCUCCCUGUCCCGCUUCAAUGCCAUGUACACGUCCUACCAGGACACCAUGACCUGGCUGUCCGAGAUCGUGAUGGCGACCGAGUACCGUGUCCACUGGCCCGUGUGGGCCACCGUCCCCCUCAGGAUGGGUGAGGACGUCUCGGCCAAGCUGCGCGACGAGAACGCCUGGUAUAAAAUCUACCGCUGCAUCCACAUCAUGAUGGACAUGGAGAAGAUUUCGUGCGACGACAUCGACCCCAAGAUCCAGCGUGUGGGUGAGGCGCUUGGCGAGAUUGCGGACCGCAUCGUGGACGAGCAGGACGAGCGCCACGGGUUUUACUACAAUGUUGUUGUCGACCUCGAAGACUGGGAGGAGUGGGAGGUUGACUCGGACGCCGAGGAGAUGGCAUCCAGCCCUGCGCCAUAG